UAUGAGCAAUUUACUGAUAUCGAUUCUAGCGUUAUCAUUCCUCCAAAUUUUUGUUCAUGGACAAGAUGACUACUGUUUUGGCAAGGACACAGAGAGACUUCAAACACGCCAUUUCACCUCGAAGACAGCCUAUCAGAUAAUCAAAGGAACACAUAUUGAAAAGGAGUAUUUGGUCCCAGGUUGCAAACCAAAAAAAAUGUGGAUUUUACAUAGACAUGGUACCAGAUUACCAACAACAAAAACAAUUAAAGCAGCACCGCGACUAGACAUAUUGCGUGACGAAAUUGUGAAAAAUUAUCGCGUUCGCCGAACAAGGCCGGACACUAAUGCGCUCUGUCAAGAGGACCUAAUAUUUUUGGGAAUGUGGAAAUGGAAUAACAGUAUUACAGUAGAUCAAGAAGAAUAUUUGACCUCACAGGGUUACGAAGAUCUAAAGGGGACUGCGAAAACUUAUCAAAGAUAUUAUGGUGAUAUUUUGACCAAGAAUUAUAACAACACAUACUACAAGUUUCGCCACACGAACACACAGCGCACUACAGAAAGUUUCAAGGCUUUCGUUGAGGGUCUUUUUGGCCAAAAUAACAACGUACAGCCGGAGCCAAUCCCUGAACAAGACCUUCUUUUGCGGCCUUAUGACUAUUGUGAAUCAUGGCGAGCACAUGACUACAGUUCUGAAAGCUAUAAAUUUAAACACUCCGCCAUCUGGAAUAAAACCACUGCGGAUAUCUCAAAACGAUUGGGCUUCCAAUACUCCCUUGAGUCCAUGGACGUUGAACUGAUGUGGGACAUGUGUCGUUAUGAACAGGCGUGGCAUGUUGAUCGUACUAGUGUGUGGUGCUCCGUAAGUAAAAUUUAGCUUAUGUAAGGGUUGCCAGAUUUUUUAUGCGGG